AGUUAUCUAUCCUUCCUACAACACACCAUGUGCAAUUGUUUUUUUCCAAUCUCCCAUAAAUACUCUCCAUUCUCCCAAUUCCAAUUCAACACAACUCAAAAUUCAAAACUUCAAGCUACACCACAAGUGAUCCUUUCUAACUUCCCACCAUUUCCUCAUAUCAAGAACCGAAAAUGGGUCUAAAGAAAUCAAACAAACACAUUACUCAAAGUGUAGCCCUCAAACAAAUCUUGAAAAGGUGUUCAAGUUUUGGGAAAAAUGAGAAUGGACUUCCUCAUGAUGUACCAAAAGGCCACUUUGUAGUAUAUGUUGGUGAAAAUAGGAGUAGAUACAUAAUUCCAAUUUCUUGGUUGACACAUCCUGAAUUUCAAAGUUUGCUUCAAAGGGCUGAAGAAGAAUUUGGAUUCAACCAUGAUAUGGGACUUACUAUCCCUUGUGAUGAAGAGGAUUUCUGUUCUCUAAUGUCAAUAUUCCGAUAAGAAAAAUGUUAGGUAAAAUUGCAUACAAAAGACUUAAUGUGAUCCGACCAUUCAUCGAAGCUUAGUCAAUCAGGCCACCCUCUUAAAUUCAAGGAGACACUAUUGAAGAUUACUAUGGAGCAGCCAGAUUAGGCCAUUAAAUUAAAUAGUUGAAUUUAAUUUAAUUUUUUAACUUAUCAAAAAGAAAUCCCUUCUAAUUAACUCUUUUGGGAUUGAGUUUGUACAAUCACAUUAUUAAUGAAUAUUUUGACUAGUGGUGUUAUAUUUGCACCCAU